AAGAAACAUAGAUGUACAAUGUCACAUUAUUUUGCUCUCCUGCUAGUUGCUAACGAAUGUCGUGAAUUCCAAUAAACGGCUACGCACAGUUGGGUCACGUUGAAGUAUGUUCCAAUUACUGGUCUUUUAAUGUAAAGGUAGACAACUUUAGGUUGGUGUUGAGAACGAUCGACCUCACGCAGGGCCUGAGUCACAAUGUCACUCCCUGCUUUGCUCGUCCUGUACGGGAGCCAGACUGGGACGGCCCAGGACACAGCCCAGAGGAUUGCGAGGCAGGCCGUCAGAAGGCGCCUGCGAGUGCAUUUGUCAACACUCGAUGACUACAAUGUUGCUAACUUGAUCUCAGAGUCACUGGUUGUUUUUGUCUGCUCAACCACUGGCCAAGGAGACCCCCCUGACAACAUGAAGAGCUUCUGGAGGUUUCUCUUCAGAAAGUCUUUACCGGCCGGAUCUCUGCGCCGGCUGGACUGUGCCGUGCUGGGUCUGGGGGACUCGUCCUACCCAAAGUUCAAUUUUGUGGCCAAGAAGCUGCACAAGCGUCUGGCGCAGUUGGGUGCCACUCUGCUGCUGCCUGUCGGCCUUGCCGAUGACCAACAUGACCUCGGGCCCGAUGCCGUGAUUGAUGUGUGGCUGUCGUCAUUUUGGGGAAAAGUGUUUGCUCUGUACCCACGUCUUGCGGAGAUGAUCCCGCUGAGGGAAGAUGACCCGCUUCCUCCGACGUACACGUUUAACUUUCUGGAUGAUCUCAAUGCGAAGACAGACGAUUGUCUAAUCAUCUCCACGCAAGCAAGCGGCCUCUCCCAGUCGCAUCCCUUCGCCGCCAAACUGCUGUCCAACGAGAGAGUCACUCACCCGAAACAUUUUCAAGAUGUGAGGCACAUCGAGUUUGACAUCACGGGGUCCGACAUCGAUUUUACUGCAGGUGACGUUGUUGUGAUGCGUUCUUGCAAUGCGGCCGAAGACGUUGAAGAAUUCUGUCAACUGCUGCAAUUAGACCCCGAGGCCACGUUCUCGCUUACAGCGACGGAUGGCUCUGCAGUUCCAGCGAGGCUUCAACAGCCGUGCACGUUGCGUUACCUGGUGGAGAGCUACCUGGACAUUGCAGCCGUGCCUCGCCGCUCCUUCUUUGAACUGCUCGCCACCUUCUCCAAUGACGAGUUGGAGCGGGAAAAACUGGCCGAGUUCAGCUCGGCUGAAGGCCAGGAGGAGCUGCACAGCUACUGCAACCGACCGCGCCGCACCGCACUGGAGGUCUUGGCAGACUUCCCCCACACAACGGCACAACUUAAGGUUGACUACCUGCUGGACCUUUUUCCCGCAAUCCAGCCCCGUUCAUUUUCCAUCGCCUCCUCUCUGCGGGCGCACCCGCACAGGCUCCAGAUUCUGGUCGCCGUGGUCAAAUACAAAACCAAGAUGUAUAAACCGCGGAGAGGUCACUGCUCCACCUGGCUGGCCUCCCUUGAUCCCGCAAAAGAUGUUUACGUGCCUCUCUGGGUGAAAAAGGGAACGCUUGGGUUUCCCGCAGACAAAACGACCCCGGUCAUCAUGGUUGGACCAGGAACGGGAGUGGCCCCCUUUCGUUCAGCCUUACAGGAGAGGACCGCUGAGGGGAAAAAUGCCAAUGUCCUGUUCUUUGGCUGUCGAUCGGAGUCCAAAGAUUUCUACUUCAGGUCCGAGUGGAAGGAGAUGAGCAAAGCUGGACAGUUGACCCUCUUCACUGCCUUCUCUCGUGACCAGGAGGAAAAGGUUUAUGUGCAACAGCGUGUGCGAGAGAACGCCGCUCUCGUUUGGGACCUGAUCGCGAAUAAAGGAGCCUACUUCUACAUCGCCGGAAAUGCUAAAGACAUGCCAAAUGGUGUGCGCGACGCAUUGAAGGCGGGGUUCCAACAGCAGGGAGGCCUCUCCGACGAGGAUGCCGAGAAGAUGCUGGCGGCCAUGGAGAAGUCUGGCAGAUUCCAGAGCGAGACCUGGUCCUGAUCAGCCGGCGUCAGACCUGCGACGUUCACAUUCCGCCGCAGAAGCCGCUGCCGCGCGUGUUGCAUGGGGCCAGCCCUUCACCGCACGCUUGUGAGGAGCAUCUACCGUGUCUUUGCACUGAAUUCAAAACAGAAGGUU